AUGAACGCACUAUGUGAUUUAAAAAAGUUCAAUAAUAAGUUACCGCAUGAGGAUUCGAAACUUACCGCACGACCUCCAUUCCCCCCAAAACUUACCGCGUAUGACCUAAUCCCAACAGAAGUUUCAAGUAAAGCUGAAAAUGUAAGAAUACCGAAUGCAUUUAUAGCUUAUAGAAUGGCAUUGGUUAGAGAAUUGAAAUCACAAAAAGUUGCUAGUCAUCGAUCAAACGUUUCAACUUACGCAAGUCGUCUAUGGGCAGAAGAGCCUGAACAUGUUAAAGAAACUUAUAGAAAGAUGGCAAAUGAUGCCACAAUAUUACAUAACAAGUCAAGAGGGAUAACUUUUCUCUGUUACGAACAAUGCAAUUCAAAUGAAAAAUGCAAAAAAAGGAAAAGUUCGGUUCUAAAUGAAAAUAUAACGCAAAAUAUCGAACCUGAUAUUCCUUCAUUAAAAAUUCAACCACAAAUACCACAACAAGUUGAUGUAAUGAUGACGCCUCCACAGUCCGAUUUUGAUCAAUCAUAUUUCAAUAAUAAUUCAAUGGCCAAUCAGACUUUUCAAGCUGUUAAUAGAUCGAAUGUAUACGAUCAAAAUAUGGCUAAUCCAAUUGGUAUGAAUCCAUUUUGUGGGAACCUUUUUGGAAACAGGUUGAGCCUUGAGCAACGUGUUCAAAAUUUGGAGCACCAAAUGGCUAUAUUUCAUCAAAUGUGCCUUGGUGGGUUUCAUUAUCAAACAACGUAA